AUGUGUCCAAUUAGUAUUACUUACCCUUGCGAUUAUUUAAAAUGUUUUCAACCUGAUGAUUUACGAGUAUAUAAAAACCUUCAGAAAAAGCAUCAUGGUUGGUGGCAAAGAUCCUUAAAGUGUACUCCAAUGCAUCAGAUGACUGUUCCUGUGAUUUUCAACACGAAUCGCAGGUCAUUAUCGAAAAAGAUUAAUUACUUAGAUGCUCUAUUAUGUUCAAAUAUUUAUCGUAAUACAAGUGUAAUAACGCUUCAAGAAACUCGGCUGCAAGAUUCAUAUGAUGACAAUUUAAUCUUACCGAAUGGUUUCAAUAUGUACAGAUAA